CAUCAUGAUUGUUUAAAAGAGAUGCUCUCCCCAUUAAUCAAUACUUUAAAUAAAUAACUAUUUUAAUGAUGAUACUUACUAAACAAACGUUUUAUAUUAUGAUUUAUAUUAUUAUUUUAAUCUUUUCAGUUGAGGUUCACCUUUGAACACUUCGAAAUUCUAUGACGUGACACACCCGCUUUCUCAAGAAAUCACGUGACGUGCAAGGUUCGAUACGAGCCCAUCAUCAUCAUCAUCAUCAUCAUCAGUAUCACUGCUGCAGUAGAUGCGGUCUGAAGCGACACCAGUAUGAGGAACAAUACUUUCCUUUUUUGGGUUUUAUUACUCGUAGACGGUGUGUUUGGUUCUGAUGAAGUGAUAUCAGUGUCAGUGAUGGAGGGAGAUUCUGUCACUCUACGCAUCGAUCUCACUGAAAUACAGGAAGAUAGUAAGAUAAUAUGGAAUUAUGGUAAGGAAAACAUAGCUAAAAUUAUAGACGGAAACCCCUCUUUUCCCAAUUCUGAUGAGAAAUUCAGAGAAAGACUGAAGCUGGACGAACAGACGGGAUCACUGACCAUCACAAACAUCAGAUCUGAACAUGCAGGAGAUUAUAGUGUAGACGUCAAGACUACAAUUGCAAAAUCAACUACAUUAUUUAAAGUUACUGUCCAUGAUCAUGUGGAUUCAGUGCCAGUGAUGCAGGGAGAUUCUGUCACUCUACACACUGGUGUCACUGACAUACAGAGAGAUGAUCCGAUACUGUGGAAGUUUGGAGAUCAGAUCAUCCUCACGGAUCGCUUAAACGCCGCUGUUGAUGAAAGAUGGAGGAACAUUGAUCUAAAUGAUCAAACCCGAGAAAUCACCAUCAGAAACAUCAGAAUCGAUCAGUCUGGAGAUUAUAAAAUGGAGUUCAACAGCAUCAGAAUGAUCUUACACAAGAAAUUCAGUGUUACUGUUGGUGGUGUGUUUAGUGAUGAGAAUGACGGAGUGAAGACGAUGUCAGAGAAGACAGGAACUGAUGUCCUUCUACACACUCACGUGACUGAAAUAGAAAAAGAUGAUCCGAUAGAGUGGACAUUUGGACCUCAAAACAUUUCCAUAGCAAAAACUGAUGGAAAGAGGAAAAUAAUCUCAUAUAACUACAAUGAUGAGAGAUUCAAAAGACUGGUUCUACACAUUGACAGUGGAGAUCUCACCAUAAAAAAUGCCAACAGUGAACACUCAGGACUUUAUCAGAUAAAGAUCAUGAACAACACAUACACCAUACAGAAGAGAUUCAGUCUUACAGUCAGUGAUUCAGGUUCCUCAGCUGCUGUAUCAGGCAUAUGUGGGGUCAGUUUUGGUCUGCUGGUUUGGGCUGUAGCUGUUUUGUUACUGCAAGAAGUAUAAGCAACCAAACAUGUUUCAGUGAAGAUAAAGUGAAUCAAACUCAGGAUCAGGAUGAAUAAUGAGGAGAAUCACCUCCAACAGAACAUAAUCAUAAUCUGUGACAAUGUAAACGCAGGCUUUGCAAGGCAUACCGAUCAGUAUAGAGGCUAUAUGCAACAAUUUUCUUGUAUUAAUCGCUUUUUUAUUGCCAAUACGUGAACAUCUUGUAAUGAAGCUUAAAAAAUGAGACCUUCCCUAACUUAGGUUGUCUAUAGCUUGUAGCUUCACCAGGAAAAUCCAAAGGAUGUGAGGUUUACACACACUCCAGAAAGCCUCUCUUCCAUUCAAUGACGCUUGAAAUGAAUGCAUACAAUGUUCUGGAUAAUGCUUAAAGAGGCAUUCUGUACUGUAAUGUCAAUGUGUCAUGCAAAGAAGAUCAUGAUUUCAUUCAAACUAUAGUCUCACGGUCUUUUUACUUCUAAGCAAAAGAUGAAAAAGAACGUCACUGUGAGUAUAUCAGUGCAUUGAAUCACAUUCAGUCUCUUGUUCAUUAUGUGUUCAUGAGUGUGAGCUCGAGCAGUUCACUUAAUGACCACUAUGUUUAUAUAUAGGCUGUUUUUGACAUAAAUCACACUUCAGGUAUUUUUUUGCCUCAUGCUUGACUUGAACAAAAGGGAAGAUUUUCUUCACAGGUAUUUGUAAAGCUCAUAUAUCAUAAGUAAUGUUUGUUUUUUCUUCUUAGUGUAAUAAUUUUAAGCAUUAUUUGCAUUGGGAUUUAAAUUGUGACUGAUCUUAAAGCUGCAGUGUAAUUUCUGUUCCGUUAAUGUGUGCUCAUACAUGUGCAAAUUGACAAUAAAGCAAAUGGCUAAAACUGGA